UGUCCUCCUUCUAUACCAAGCCAGUGAUUGAAUCUUCAUUGUAGAAGCAAAAAUGAGCUAGUUCCCACAAUAAAUAAUGAAGACACAUGAGAUUUCAUUCAUUUGUUCAUUUGUGCAAAAGUAUUUCUUGAAUGUCUGCUAUGUGCCAUACUCAGGGUUAGGUGCUGGGAAUAUAAUGCGGAGAAAAACACAAAGUUCUUGUUUUAGUGGCAUUUAUAGAAUAGUGAUUUGAUUUGUCUUUUGUUUGUCUGUCUCUAACUUAAAUUUGUUUAACUAAUUUUACUUUUUUUCCCCUUUAGUAUCCUCUUAUAUAUGGACUGAUUCUUAUUCCCUGCUGGUGUUUUCUAGUUUGCCUAAGUAGAAUUUACAUGGGAAUGCACUCCAUUCUGGAUAUUAUUGCUGGAUUCCUAUAUACCAUUUUAAUCUUAGCUGUCUUCUAUCCAUUUGUGGACCUGAUUGACAACUUCAACCAAACUCACAAAUAUGCUCCAUUAAUCAUCAUCGGGCUUCAUUUAGCUUUGGGGAUCUUUUCUUUCACCCUUGACACCUGGAGCACAUCCAGAGGAGACACGGCAGAGAUUCUAGGAAGUGGUGCUGGAAUUGCAUGUGGAUCUCAUGUUACUUAUAAGAUGGGUCUAGUGUUAGAUCCUUCUCUAGAUACAUUACCUUUAGCUGGUUCCCCCAUUACUAUGACUCUCUUUGGGAAGGCCAUAUUGCGGAUCCUCGUAGGGAUGGUAUUUGUGCUGGUAGUCAGAGAUAUAAUGAAAAAGAUCACCAUUCCUUUAGCCUGCAAAAUCUCCAAUAUACCGUGUGAUGAUAUUCGAAAAGCAAGACAGCACAUGGAAGUUGAACUUCCUUAUCGGUAUAUUACCUAUGGAAUGGUUGGUUUCUCCAUCACAUUUUUUGUUCCUUACAUAUUUUUCUUUAUUGGUAUCUCUUGAUGGAGAAAUAUUGUUUGUGAAAAGAAAGGAGGGUAUCAGUUACUGAUACCUAAAAAUAUAUUUCAAGUAAAAGCCAGAUCAGAUUUAGGCUUUUGCAGGAAUUUAACUUAAAUAAUUAUUUAAGUAAAUUCAUAAGAGUCAGUGCAUUUUAUCAUUGCACAUCCAGAUAUUGUUUUAGGUGAGCUGAGCUAUUUCAAUACUGAGAAAAUGAUAAGUAUCCAUUUAGAAUGUUAAUGUAAUGUUUGGAGAGUUUUGUGUUGUUAUGGAUUCAACUUAUAUAUAAUAUAUAUAAGGUACAUAAUAUGCAAUUAUAUAUCUGAUAUAUAUUAUAUAUAAAAUAAUAUACCUAAGUGUUUUUUUAAACUAUGGGAGUGUAUUAUAAAAUCAAUAAUAAUAUGCAAACAGUUGUGCCUGUGUAUUUGAACUAAAUACAGGUAUGUUGUUAUUAACAUACAUUUAACAUUUAUUUACUAUGGGAGCCAUUUCCUAAUUGAAUUGCAUAAUUACUAGACCAGAAUGCGUAUGCUACUAUACAUUGAUUUACUGCCUGUUUUUACACUGCCAUUACCUUUCAUGUUACCCAUGAUGUUGAACAUGGGAGACAUUUUUAAUGGACCAAAUUUUUAGGAAAAUUAUUUUUUGGAUUGUUUAGUUUUUUUAAGUUCUGUAUACUGUUUUGAAUGUACUUUAUUUGCAACUGUUCUGGACAUCAGUUUAUUAAUUCAGGUACUGAAUUUUAUUUCUUGCUAAUUGUGCCUUUCUGUUGCUGAAUUAAGAAAUGCUAUGUAUACUGUGAUGUAAAAAUAAGACAUUAAUUUUAUCUUAAGUUACAUAUAAUCAGGCAAGUAUUUUUAAAAAUAUAUGUCAAGGUGACAGGCAUAGAAGUAAAUUGCCCUUACUCUUUAGCCUUUAUUUAGAAAGAAAUGUGGAAUGGUCUAAACUUUCUCACCAAUUUGUUAGAAAGCUAAAUGGAUAAAUACUUCCCUUUUUGUAGAUAUUUUUCUGUGCAUUGUAAGUUAUAGGAACAAGAUAUAUUUUUUGUACAUUGUCUUGAUUGUUUAUACUGCAGGUAGAUACUUCCAGUGAAUGGAAAUGUAGUUGAAAUUUAUAGAUGGGACAAUGCACAUACUUCAUAUGAAAACAGAGCAUUUUUCUAAAUAAUUUGGAAAGGAUUGGAUUUAGCACUGUUAACUUUUAAUACCCAUUUAUUAGCUACUUAAGGUAAAUUAUAAAACCUAAAAUUAAUGUCAGUAUUUUGGAUCCUAUUAUUUUUUUCAACUUUUUAUUUUCACAGUGGCAAGUUUGCAUAUAGUAUUAAACUAUUAUUUUUUCUGUCUGUGCCUUUCUAUUUUGAAGUGUGGUUGUACUUACAUUAACAUUAAAUGUAUUUGUAGAAAGUUUUUCAUAAAGAAGAGGAUUAACUUUCCAUGUAAAUGAAUACCAGGUAUGAAAUUACUGAUUUUAGUGCAAUAUCUAUACAAUUAUCCAGAACUAUCACUUCAGAUGUUUCUAUUUUGGGCACCGUAACUAUUUGAGCUCAUAUUUUUGUAAUUCUGAUUGAGAAUUUAGGGGCAUCGUAAUUUUUACCAAAACUGAAGCUGAUAAUUUUAAGUAAAGCAACUAAAUUUACCCUUUACUUAUUAGUUAAAAGGAAACCAAGGCAGGUAGGAAAAUAACGGUACGUUGGAAAAUGUGAAAAGAGCUUUACUUUCAAAAUGUGUUUUUAAUGAAUUGAAGUUUAGGGACUGUUUCCCGUAAUUUGGGUCUGUGCUAUCCUAUUAAUUUUUAUAUGUAGCUUAAAAGAUAUUUGAAAAUGUUCCAUUUCUUUGUGUUUUAUUAUUUUCUGUCCCAUGACAGUUCUAUGCUAAAUGCAUUUUAAAAUAAAAGCUAAAUUGAAGAUUGAA